UCUCCGCCCCGCUUCGCCGCCGCCCCGGGCUCCGAGCUCCGCUCUCCGUUCUCCCAUCCGUUCCUCUCCGUUCCUCCGCCGUCGGGGCCCGCUGAGCCCGGCGGGUGCCCUCGGAGGCGAUGCCUUUCCCGGCCCCUCCGCGCCGCCCCGACCCCCCCGCCGCCCCCCGCCGCUGAGCCUGGCCCCGACGAGGCCUCCCCCGGCGGCGCCGCCCGCCCCGGGGCUGCCGCAGCGAUGGAGACGGCGGAGAAGGAGUGCGGAGCCCUCGGUGGGCUCUUCCAGGCCAUCAUUAACGACAUGAAGAGCUCCUACCCCAUCUGGGAGGACUUCAACUCGAAGGCCACCAAGCUGCACUCCCAGCUCAGGACCACGGUGCUGGCUGCGGUCGCCUUCCUGGAUGCCUUCCAGAAAGUGGCUGACAUGGCCACCAACACUCGAGGGGCCACGAGGGACAUCGGCUCCGCGCUGACCCGUAUGUGCAUGCGGCACCGCAGCAUCGAGGCCAAGCUCCGGCAGUUCACCAAUGCCCUGAUGGAGAGCCUGAUCAACCCUCUGCAGGACAGAAUUGAGGACUGGAAGAAAACUGCCAACCAGUUGGACAAGGACCACGCAAAAGAGUACAAGCGAGCCCGCCACGAGAUCAAGAAGAAAUCCUCUGACACACUCAAGCUGCAGAAGAAGGCUCGUAAGGGUCAGCUGGGGAAAGGGGACCUGCAGCCCCAGCUGGACAACGCGCUGCAGGACGUCAAUGACAUGUACCUGCUGCUGGAGGAGACGGAGAAGCAGGCGGUGCGCAAGGCGCUCAUCGAGGAGCGGGGCCGCUUCUGCACCUUCAUCACCUUCCUGCAGCCCGUGGUGAACGGGGAGCUCACCAUGCUGGGGGAGAUCACCCACUUGCAGGGCAUCAUCGACGACCUGGUGGUGCUCACCGCCGAGCCCCACAAGCUGCCCCCUGCCAGCGAGCAGGUGAUCAAGGACCUGAAGGGCUCCGACUACAGUUGGUCCUACCAGACCCCUCCAUCGUCGCCCAGCAGCUCCAGCUCCCGCAAAUCAAGCAUGUGCAGCAGUGUCAGCAGUGCCAAGGGUGGCCUCCCGUGGCCCGGGGGGGCUCAGACCUGCUCACCCAGCUCCACCUAUCGCUACCGCAGCCUGGCCCAGCCGGCCAGCGCCGGCACGCGCCUCUCCAGCGUCUCCUCGCACGACUCCGGCUUCAUCUCCCAGGAUGCUGCCUACUCCAAACCGCCCUCCCCGAUGCCCUCAGACAUCACCAGCCAGAAGUCCUCCAGCUCAGCGUCCUCAGAGGCCUCAGAGACGUGCCAGUCGGUCAGCGAGUGCAGCUCCCCCACCUCGGAUUGGUCCAAGGCCAGCCCCUAUGACCAGCCCGUGGUCAGCACCCUACAGCGACGAAAGGACCGCGUGGAGCACCUGCGGGAAGCCGAGAUGGGCUCAGCCAGCGGCGCGUACCCGGCCAUGGGCAGCGAGGAUGCUCCCAGGCCCCGAAUGUCACCGGCCACCAUUGCAGCCAAGCAUGGCGAGGAGGUGUCCCCUGCCGCCAGCGACCUGGCCAUGGUGCUCACACGGGGGCUGAGCCUGGAGCACCAGAAGAGCAGCCGGGACUCGCUGCAGUACUCCAGUGGCUACAGCACUCAGACCACCACCCCAUCUUGCUCUGAGGACACCAUCCCUUCCCAAGGUACUCAGUGGGGCAUCCCAUUCACCAUCCCUUCCAAGGUACUCAGUGGGGCAUCCCAUACACCAUCCCUUCCCAGGUACUCAACAGGGCAUCCCACAGAGGGUGGGAGGAGGCGGAGGCAGCUUUCCAUGGCAACGUUGACACCUGUGGGCACUGAGCUGAUGCCUUCUCCAUGUUUUAUAUACCCACAGCGCUGUUCCCAUCCAGUCAUUCCACUCCCAUUGCAAAGCAUUUCACAUUUCCCAAGUGGGAGUGUGUCAAUCCCGCUGGCCCUGCAUGGGACGGGGUGCCCUGGUUGUGUUGAAGGAUUGGGGUGCGUUGCAUUGUUGCUGGGAUUACAGCCUGGAGUGGGAUGCUGUGGGCUGGUGGCCACAAUGGAGAACUGCUGGUGUAGGAUCAGGCUGUGGGUGUGGGUUUAGGGCCAGUGCUGGGCAAACUGGGAUGUGCGUGUUGGGAUCUCAGUGUGUGCAGUGUCGUGGCACGCAGGAAAGGAAACAACAGGUUGCACUGAGCAUUGUGUGGGGGUGAUGGUGUGGUGUAGUGGUGGUGAUGAUGGCCAGUGGUUGGGAUGGUGCAAAGUAACGUGGUCAGAGGCUGAGGAACCACUGAGACACUUGGGGUUGGGUUGGCUGCGAGCGUGUUGUGAUGACAGCGAUUGGGGCGGCUGUGAUUGCAUUGCAGUGGGGAUGCUUGGGUUUAGCUUUGGUUGUGGGAUGGUUGAGCCCAGUUGCGGCAGUCACAGCUGAGUUUGUAGUCACAUUUUGGUGGAGAUGGUUGGGCCUGGUUGCGGUCAAGUUGCGAUGGUUGAGUUUGCAGUUAUGGGAUGGCGAUGGCUAGGGCUGGUUGGGGUGGUGAGGCACUGGCACAGGCUGUCCAGAGAAGCUGCGGGUGCCCCAUCCCUAGAGGUUCUCAGGGCCAGGUUGGAAGGGGCUUUGGGCAGCUGGUCCAUGGGAGAUGUCCUGGCUCUCGGCAUGGAUAUGGAAUUGGGUGGUCUUUAAGGUCUCUUCUGUGGUCUCAAGCCAUUCUGUGAUGCUGUGACAACUCUGACUGUGGUCUCCUUGCAAUGGGGUUGGUUGGGUUUGCUUGUGCUCACGUGAUGGCGUCAGCACGGGGCUGGCUGCAGUCAAGUCAUUGGGGUCGGUUGUAAUGGUGUUAGGCUGGUAUUGAUUGGGGCGGGUUGUGCUGGCACUGCAGUGCUGCCCUUUGGGUUUGGCACUGACCACGCUGUGACAGCAGCAGCAGUGUUUUGAGGCUGCAGUUGGGCUUGACAUCUUCAUCAGGCCUCCCAUCACCUUCUUGGCCUAACCCCGCAUCAU